AUGCUCCCCACCCCAGAUACAUCCCACGUCGCCUUCGACACAAUCUACGAGCCCUCAGAAGACUCCUACCUCUUCCUCGACACCCUCUCCUCCACCUCCGAAUCCGCCUGGCUGAAAUCCCGCUUCAGCUCUUCGCCGCCACCGUCCCCAUCUCCUAUUCUCCUCGAAGUCGGCUCCGGCUCCGGUGUCGUCCUCGCCUUCUUAACUGCCAACUCCUCACUAAUCCUCGGCCGCCGCGAUGUCCUCGCCCUUGCAACAGAUGUAAACCGAAAUGCUUGCAUCGCAACACAGAAAACAGUCGCAAAGGCCGUAGACGAACGGCAAUCACAAGACGAGGAACAGAGUGCCAAUACACAGGGUGGAACCACGGGCUCAAAGACAAAAUCGGUAUGCCUUUCGGCUGUAACAGGGGAUCUAUGCGAAGCUAUCCGGCCCGGAAGCGUGGACAUCUUACUGUUCAAUCCGCCAUAUGUACCGACGGAAGAAUUACCAGCUUUACCGUCUAUUUCGUCUGAUCCAGUUGCGAAAGAGCUAUCGAGGAGCGCCAAGUUCGAACAGGACUCGUAUUACCUUUCUCUGACAUAUGCGGGGGGGCGAGAUGGGAUGGAAACGACGGAGAGGCUGCUAGAGUCGAUCCCUGGGAUAUUGGAUCCGGAUCGUGGGGUUGCGUAUGUGCUUCUUUGUGCGCAGAACAGGCCGAACGAGGUGAAGGAGAGGAUUAGGGGUUGGGGAGAUGGAUGGAGGGCCGAAUCAGUGGGUAAUAGUGGGAUGCAAGCUGGGUGGGAGAAGCUGGUAAUUGUGAGGAUUUGGAGAGAAGCUUAG